AAACCUGCCAGUACAGCGGCAUCAGUGGGAACCCGUCCUAGUGGAGGAAGGAUGAAGUCACUUGUGGUGUUAGCCUUUUGCUUGGCUUCGGCUGCAGCAGUGUUGGACUCUGUUUGGGACCAGCUACAUGGAUAUGGGGUAGGAGGUGCUCGCACUGGAUGGACCGGAGGUCGUUUGAUGGGCGAUACCGGGUUGGACGAUGAUGUUCAUUUUAGCAAAUAUAGAAAUCUAUAUGACGUUGGAACCGUCGACACCGUUGAUAAACUCGGUUGGGGUCUUCAUACAGGUUACCCUGGCAUUGGUAAAGUGGGACUUAAAACUGUUGAUGAUGUUCGCACCGUUGACAACAUGGACAAAAAAUAUGUAAAAUACGACGACGAUGUAAAACUGAAGAUCCUUGGGGACAAGCACUUGCUACUGAAACAGAAGUUCAUUCUCGAUGUUCUUAUGGAUGUGCACAAGCCUCUGCACGUAGAUGACGUAACUCACAAUGUUCACAUUGUCGAGGAAGAAAUUUAUUAUAAGAAUUUCGACAAAGUCAUCGACUUCUUCCGAUUGUUGAAGAACAAAAAUGUCAUCCUUCCACGAGGCACUGUAUUCACAGUCACCAACAAAUUACAUCGGAAUCAAAUGAAACUUCUCUUCCAUCUAUUCUACUAUUCAAAGGACUUUAUUGUCUUCCAAAAGAAUGUCCUUUGGGCGCGCCAGUUCAUCAACGAAGAAUUGUUCGUUCAUGCCUUAAUUGCCGCUGUCCUCCACCGCGACGAUAUGGUUGGAGUGAAAGUACCUGCACUUUACGAAAUUCUCCCAUACAAGUUCCAUACGAGCAUGACAAUUGACAAGGCAUUGAAACUCAAGGAUAUCACCGUUGUUGACAAGAAAGAUCUAGUCAUUUUCAACAAAUACACUAAGGACUACAUGACAAUGAAUGAUGAAGGCAAAUUGGCAUAUCUAAUGGAAGACAUCGGUUGGAAUUUGUACCACUACUUCAUGUAUAUGGACUUCGCAUCUUGGAUUGGAGGAAAGGAUUUCAACCUGUUCAAGGAACGUCGUGGCGAGAAAUAUUUGUACUUCAUUCAACAGAUUCUGGCUCGUUACAAUUUGGAACGUCUGUCCAACGGUUUGGGUCACAUCAAGGACAUUUCGUUAUGGGAUUACAUCAAGACUGGAUACAAUCCGAUGAUGGUUUACAAGAACGGACUCCCAGUCACAGUGAGAAAGAACUACUAUGACAUCCGUGAGACUGGUGAUUACUUCCUGAUGAAACGAGUUGAUGACUAUGCACGCAGGAUUCGAGAUGCCAUUGACCAAGGAUACUCCAUAACUAUUGACGGUGGAAAGGUUGACUUGAAACGUUCUGAUGCCAUUGAUAUUCUAGGAAACAUGAUCCAAUGGAAUAUCGACUCCGUCAACAAACGAUACUAUGGCUCUUUAAUUAUAGACUUCGUCAAACUUUUGGGUGGGGGAUACGUCAAAAAUGUCGACGAUUUCAAGCUCACUCCAAGCGUAGUCGAUCACUACGAAACUGCCCUUCGCGAUCCUGUCAUAUACCAACUAUACAAAAAGAUCAUGAAGAUGGUCUAUAUGUUCAAGGACUACCUACCGACGUACACAAAGACCGAUCUUCUCUUCGAUGCAGUUCAUGUCGACAACAUUCGUACAACAAAACUAAUCACCUACUUCGACCUAUUCGAUGUUGAUUUGCGUACGAUGAUAAACCUGGAUAGCUUGAAAACGAAGGAUGUCCACUUGGGUGAUGACCGCGUAGGAAAAAUGGAUAAACUCGUAGUAGCCAGGCAUAUGCGACUCAAUCAUAAACCAUUCACGAUUAACAUUGACCUCACUGUAGAUCGUCCAGAAAAGGUUGUGAUCAGAACAUUCCUAGGACCUAAAUUUGACGCAGACGGCAAAAUCUUAAAAAUUAAGUACAACCGUGACAACUUUGUCGAACUCGACAAGUUCACAUACGACCUGACCACUGUCGGUAAGGUCACAAUCAAGAGAGACUCGCGAGACUUCGUUUACACCGUCAAGGACCGCACAUCCAUCAUGGACAUCUACAAAUUAGUCCUGUUGAAUGGCGAUGUCAAUAAGUUGGUUGAUAUGCAUGUUGAUGAGGCUAACUGCGGAUUCCCAGACCGUUUGGUACUUCCUAAGGGCUGGGUGGGAGGUAUGCCAAUGCAACUCUUCGUUAUUGUCACCAAAGCCAAGGAUGUUGUUAAACGCGACUUCGACCAUACUAUCAUCUGCGGAAAACGAACUCUUAUCAAUGAGGUUGAUGAUUUCUCUCUAGGAUUCCCAUUCGAUCGUCGCAUUGAUGAGACCGAAUUCUACACAAAGAACAUGCUUUUCAAGGAUGUACUGAUCUUCCACGAUGAUGACACAAACCUCGUGCUGAAUGCGUUAGAUGUUGGCGGAACAGUGAAGGAUGUUGGCGUCUUGCCUAGAACAGUGGGCGUUUGGGAUACACACGAUACUUUUGCGGAUACCCGCAAUACUCUGACGGACACCACGAAUAUUAUGGACAUGAUGCGAAUGAAAAUGACAAUGGUUUAGAUGGUUUAAUCGAUUUUAGUUUUAGGGCUCUUAAUUUGUUCCUUUUAAUUAAUACAGUUUUCCGAGCAUUCCAA